GCAGACCGGCAGAUUAGCCCCGGCUCAACGUGCCCUGUAGACACUCUGACUCUGAACAGCCCGGCUCACUCACUGCAGCUGAACGGACGAGGUUCCUGCUCGUACAGCCACCGGCUCUUUUUUGGUUGUUUCACCCGGAAUACCAGCGGCUCGGUUCCCGUGUACUGUCGCUUCUUCGGUACCUAUAAGGAAUGCCCAGAGAGCUGACCCAGAACAGGAUCCAAAAGAUCUGGGUUCCCACCAAAGAUGACAAGCCGUCGCCCCGGAGAGCAGCUGGCGCACCCCACUUCGCCAACCCUCCCACCGUCAUCGUGAUGGUGGGUCUGCCGGCUCGAGGCAAGACGUACAUGUCCAAGAAACUCACCCGCUACCUCAACUGGAUCGGCAUGCCCACCAAAGUUUUCAACGUGGGAGAGUAUCGCAGGGAGGCGGUAAAGAAUUACAGCUCCUAUGACUUCUUCAAGCCUGAUAAUGAGUGUGCUGUGAAAAUCAGGCAGCAGUGUGCCUUAGCAGCCUUGAGGGAUGUCAAGUCCUAUUUGAAAGAUGAGGGAGGCCAAGUGGCGGUCUUUGAUGCCACAAACACAACAAGAGAAAGGCGAGACAUGAUCCUCAAGUUCGGCAACGAGAACGGCUUCAAGACCUUCUUCAUUGAGUCUGUGUGUGACGAUCCCAACGUCAUUGCCUCAAACAUCAUGGAAGUGAAGGUGUCGUGUCCGGACUACCGGGAUUGCAACAAGACAGACGCCAUGCUUGAUUUCCAGAGGAGAAUUGAAUGCUACAAAACUAGCUACCAACCUCUGGACCCCGAUCAUCACGACAGGGAUCUCUCAUUCAUCAAGGUGAUUGACGUAGGUCGGCGGUUCCUCGUCAACCGGAUCCAGGAUCACAUCCAGAGUAAGAUCGUCUACUACCUGAUGAACAUCCACGUUCAGCCCCGAACCAUCUACCUGUGUCGGCACGGAGAGAGCACCGACAACCUGGAGGGACGGCUCGGCGGCGACUCCGGCCUCUCGCCGCGGGGCAAACAGUUCUCAGCUGCCCUGGCUCGGUUUGUGGAGGAGCAGCAGCUGAAGGAUCUGAAGGUUUGGACCAGCCAGCUGUGUCGCAGCAUCCAGACCGUCGAGCACCUGGGGAUCCCCUAUGAACAGUGGAAGGCUCUUAAUGAGAUUGAUGCUGGAAUUUGUGAGGAGAUGACGUACGAUGAGGUGAAGGAGAAAUUCCCAGAGGAGUUUUUGUUGAGAGAUGAAGAUAAAUUCUACUACCGUUAUCCUGCUGGAGAGUCCUACCAGGACUUGGUCCAGCGGGUGGAGCCGGUCAUCAUGGAGCUGGAGAGGCAAGAGAACGUCCUGGUUAUUUGCCACCAGGCCGUCAUGCGCUGCCUGCUGGCCUACUUCCUGGAUAAGAGUGCAGAUGAGAUGCCGUACCUGAAGUGUCCCCUCCACACAGUGCUGAAGCUAACGCCGGUCGCCUACGGGUGCAAAGUGGAGUCCAUAUGUUUGAAUGUGGAGGCAGUGAACACCCACAGAGACAGACCGGAGGAGGUGAAGAGGGGUCCUGGCACCUUGAUCAGGAGGAACAGUGUGACUCCCCUGACCAGCCCCGAGUCGAACAUCAAGAAACCUCGCAUCGAUGACCUGGACGAGGCACCAAUCCGGGAGCUGCCUCCAUCUGUUGCAUCACUGGCGCUCUGCAGCCCAUCACACCUCCCUCUCGCCCUGGCUGGACAGAACCUGAGGAGGAGCUCAUCUGGCCGCCAUGACGUCCUGCAGCCCUGCCAAUGAAAUUGCACCGAUGUGUCACAAGGCUCAAGAGGCCGAAGAGUGGAUCAAUGACAGAGACACACGAAAUUGAAGUGAUUUUUUUCAAAAAGCAACAUUUCUCAGCUUGUAAAACUUCGAGGAUCAACUGGGUAAAUGAAUCAUUUUGUCAGCAAAGGACUCUGGUCACUGUCUCUUUAACUGUUCUGAAAGCACCAUGGUCCUUUAAUCGCUGUCUUGUGUUAUUUCAAAGCAAGACUCUUAAAUUCUCCAUUUCUUGCCAUUGUCAGACUUUUUCUUCCUGAGACUGAUGAAUCUGUGUUUUCUGGGAAACCUUUUACAAACUUGUGUGUGUGCGUGUGUGUGUGUGUGUGUGUGCGUGUGUGUGUGUGUGUGUGUGUGUAACGUUAUGCAGACUGAAGGAGGCAAACUGUGACUCGUUUUAAACCGACAGUCAUCCCUGUUACAUCUCACAGCUCAGAUGGCUCUCUGGGAACUCAGUUCCUUCUGGUUAAUUAUGUGGAGAGACCAAAGAUCUGACCCUCAUCUAACCCAGUUCAGCUCAUCCUUCUUUUCCAACCAGGUGUUCAUGGUUGUGUUGUUGAUUAACAGAAAGCGAAAGUAUCCAGUUUACAUUGUAAACUUCUCUGGAAGCACUGGCUGUUUCUCAUAUACAUGUUUUUCUUAAAAUGUGGCAGAGCGUCCUGAUUGAAUUGACUCUGCUGUAUACCGGCACGCUACAAAAUCAGUGAUUAUUUUGCACAGUGGGGGUAAAUUUUUACUUUUGUUUGGUUCAUGUGUCACUGUGUGUGUUUCAUGGUGAUGGAGGUGGUUUUUUUGCCGUAGAGUGCCUGUAGUGCUUGUUUUGCAAGCCUGACGCCGCUUCUCUUGCUAUUUCUCUGGACUUGGUUGCUUGAGGAGAGGCGCCACAUUUCACCUAAUAACUCCACAUAUCAUUUCAAUGUUAUGUUUUUCACAGUUUUGUGUAUUUAUUUUUCAUUGUGUGUAGUCUCAACGCUGUAGUUACUCGUUGAUCAUUUAACAAAGUUCUCUUUAUUUUCCUUGAUUUCAUUUUGCUGUCGUUGUCUGCUACGCACAAAUGUGAGCACCUAUAUUUUUGUUAUGACAAUGCGUGCUGUUAAUAAUAUCCUUGUAAAUUUUACUGUACAUAGAGUGUAACUGGAGAUGUGUGGGAGAUGACUUGGUCUCUUUUAAUGAAAAAAGUUUGUGUUUUUGUACUAAUGUGUUGGGAUUGAAUGAAAGCAGGAUAUCUGUUGAGAAAGAAGCUGCUGUUCACCUCUCACUCUCAGUAAAACUGUACGUUUGGUUGA